UAUUUUUUUGCACCUUCAGCUUCAAAGAUUCGCCAGGGACCCGGUGAACAUGGAGAUGGUUGGGAACCUCACCUUGCUCAGGGAGACUGCCCUGUACUACACCCAGCUGCUGACCUCUGCUCCUGCCUUUCCUCUCUCCAGCCUCCCGGACAGGUUUCUCUGUCACCUGAGCCCCGGGGCAGUGGCACACCUGAGCAGGGAGGAGGCUUUGGGGGUGGCCCGCAGGCUCGGGAGGAGCUGCCCCUGGAGCAGGGGGGUGCCCCGAGCCUCCCUGGCACCUCGGGAACUGCAGGUGGCAGCCUCCCUGCUGAGGAGUUUGGAGGAUUUGUCCCCAGCCGUGCUGCGAGCCCUGGGCCAGGCUGCCCUGGGGCUCUCGGUGUCCAGGAUCCAGGAGAGCAUCCCUGGGGAGCAGCUGGAGGCAGCUCUGCCUGCCCUGGGGACAGUCCAGGGCUGGAGGGCUGAGCAGGCCAGGGCUGUGCUCAACAAACUGCUCCUCUCUGGCUACCAGCUCCGGGAUGGACAGAGCCUGGCAGAGCUGGGCACUUUGGUGGCUGGCCUCAACAGCAGCACGCUCAGGAGUUUGUCCCCAGAGGUCGUCCUGGAGGCCAUCCAGCUGCCAGGCUUUGCCCAGCACGUGGACACGCUGCCCUCGGCUCUGAAGAGGACCCUGGUGGAAAAGGUUUCCUCCAGGGUUGGCCACCCCUCUGAGCUGGUUAGACUCAUUCCCAGUGCUCUGGCCAGCUCCAUCCCAAAAUCCCUGCUGGUUUUUGGGGAAGAGAAGCCAAACGUUCAGGAUCUCAACGACAAACCAUGGACCAGAGAGCAGGCUGCCAUGUUUUUCAGUGACGUGGUGAAGGCAGAGCCUGACUUCAACAGGCUCUCCCAGUCUGUGCUCCAGGGCUUCACCUGUGCAGCUGCCAGCGCUGUGGGGGCAGAGAGGUUCCAGGAGCUGGCCAGGGUCAUGAGGAAGAAGAAGGUCAGGCUGGGCCAGGACCAGCUGAGCUGCCUGCUGAAGAUGCUGACUCUGCAUGGGAUUCCCCAGGACUGGGACAGUUAUCCCCAAGACCUGCUGCUGUUUUUAAGCCCCUCAGACUAUGCAGGGAACUGCAGCCAGUUCUUCAUCAACGUUGGGAAGGCAAACGGGGAUGUUCUGCCCAGAGAGAGCCCCCAGAGGCAGCAGCUGCUCCUGGAGGCCCUGGAGUGCCUGAGAAUUCCUGGCACACAAAUAAAUAAGAGAAGCGCUGAGCUCCUGGGCUGGCUGGUGUGUGACCUGGGUGGGGAGUACAUCAGGAGUUCUGGGGGCACUCUGCUGAAGGAUUUGAGCCAGUGUGGAUCUUUCCUGCCUGAGCAAGAAGAGGCCAUCAGGGACGUCCUCAGCAGUGGCAACACCACCUUUGGGCCUCCUGCAGCGUGGUCAGCCUUCACCCUGAGCGAGCUGGGCAGGCUGCUCCCUGUGCUGGACCCCAGCAUCCUGCAGCAGAUCCCCAAGAAAGCUUUGACCACCUGGCUGAGGAACUUUGCCUGGGAUUCCCCCCUGUCCAGGGAGGAGCUGGCCACCAUCGUCGGGGAGCUCCUGCCCCGGCGGCACAAGCGAGCGGAAGCUUCAGCAGGUUGCCCAGCUGACCUGGAGAUAACAGAGGAAGUUCUGAAUGAUGACCUGAUGCCUACCUUUUACAUCCCACCGGAGCUCCUGCGUGCCUGCCUGCAGAACAUCUCCCAGGAAAAUCACCUCUUCCUGGAAAAUCACCUCUCCCAGGUCCUCACCUACCCCUUCAGCAUCCCCCAGCUGGCUGUGCUGAAGGAGUACCUGCACGAGAGGUAUCCCCACGGUUAUCCCCAGCAUGUCCUGGCUGGGAUGGGCCCUCUCCUGGGCCUGCUCAGCCCGGAGGAGAUCUCCACCUGGAAGCUGAGCUCUGCUGACGCGCUGGCAGCGUUCCUGAAAACUGAUCCUCAGCCCUCGGAUCCCCUGGCCUCAGCAGCAAUUAAGCGCUACCUGGAGCUGGGCAAUGCCCUGAACGCCACGGCCCUGGAUGCCGUUGGCACCAGGUACGUGUGCCUGCUCAAUGCCACCGAGCUGGAGGCCAUCGACCCCGCCAGCCUCCGACUGGUGUCUCUGGAUCCCUCAGCCUGUUCCCAGGAGACGAAGAACCUCUUGUACCAGAAAGCCAAGGAAGCUUUCUCUGAGCAGCACCAUUUACCUGCUUACUAUGAGCUGAUUUUACCUUACCUGGGGGGGGCUCCAGCCGCAGACCUGAAGGCUCUCAGCAAGGCCGACGUCAACAUGAACGUGAGCACCUUUGUGACUCUGAGGAGGGACUCGCUGAUGGUGAGCUGGCCUGGAGCCCCUUCAUUCCUGCAUUUCCUGGGGUUCCGUGCUUGGCUUUGUCGUGUUGUCCAUUGGGGGAAUCAGCAAAUCCGAAUUCCGUCAAAUCCGAAUUCCAGCACAUCCGAAUUCCGUCAAAUCCAAAUUCCAUCACAUCUGAAUUCCCACGCGGGGCUCACGGGCGGCGUGCAGGAGGGCUACAUCAACCUCGCCACCCCCAGAUUCCCGGCAAUGUCCUCAGCCCCUCUGGGCAGCGUGGCCAGGGUGCUCCACCUCCUGCCUGCCCUGCUCCUCAGCUUCUCCACGGUGUCCAUCCUCUCCUGACCUUCUCCUGCCACGAGGAACCAAGAGGGACCAGCCUGUGACCUGCUCUGAGACCUGGCCUGAGGAGUGCCCAGAGCUGCAGGCAGCUGGGAUCAGCCCCGAACUCACCUUUAGGUACUUUUGGCUUUCAAAUCACUUGGAAAAAAAAAAAUAUUUUUGUCUGAAGGGAAGAUUCAGACUCUUUGGUGGAGGAUCUUUGCCUUUGGGACAGCCCAAGCCCAGCUCAGCCCCAAACCACUGCUGAACCCCAUCUUACUGCUGGGUUUAAGGGUGAGUCCUGCAGGUUAAAAAUGCCAUUUCCCAGAGCCUGACCUCGUGACACUGCCAAGACCUCAGGGUGGGACUGAAGUUUGCCAGCUGCUUGUAAAUAAAUCCUGGGACUGAGUAAAAAUGCCAGAAGCAAA